GCCGGAUGACGACAUAUCCCAAACUUUCAAGAAUGAUCCGGAGCUUGUCGCCUCUAAACAGCAGCUUGCAGAGCGUCUGCUGGAGCAUGACAGAUCGCUGUUCAAAAAGAAUUCCGAGUCUCGCUCACGCUCGUCGGAGAUGCGCUGGGUUCAGACGGUCAUCUCCAAGGGGGUCCUGGCGGACAAGGUGGCGGCGCACACGCUGCUCAUUCAAGAAAGCCCCGUCCACAACACAGCCAGCCUGGAUGCCCUGCUGGCCAUGGUCACCCCCAAGGGCAAGAAGGAGUGCGUCAUGGCCAUCGAUGCACUGCGGGACCUGUUCUUGUCUGACCUGCUGAGACCGGACGAAAAACUGAAGGCCUUUAGUCAGCGUCCCUUGGAGGAUGUCAACGCCUCGGACAUUGUGGGGGCCCGCAAGCUCCUCCUGUGGCACUUUGAGGACACGCUGAAGCAGAAGUAUACCUCCUUCCUGCAGUCUCUGGAGACGGUCUCCUUUGACCAAGUCGAGAAGCUCAAGAUGAGGGCGGUCACGUGCAUGUUCCACAUGCUCACGUACAACCCGGAGCGGGAACAGCUGCUGCUCCAGCGGCUGGUGAACAAGCUGGGCGACCGGGCCCACGCGGUGUCCUCGCGGGUGGCGCACCUGCUCUCGCAGCUGACCAACCACCACCCGCUCAUCAAGCCGUCGGUGGUUGCCGAGGUGGAGCGCCUCAUCUACCGGCCCAACGUGGCAGCCAAGGCGCAGUACUACGCCCUCUGCUUCCUCAGCCAGCUGCUGCUGUCGGACGACGAGGGGCCCCUGGCACGCAAGCUGGUGUCGCUGUACUUUGACUUCUUCAAGCGGUGUGUGCAGAAGGCCCAGGCGGACUCGCGCACCCUGCGGGUGCUCCUGACGGGGGUGAACCGGGCAUUUCCCUACGCCCGGGCGGGGGCCCCCGAAGGAACUGGGGUGCCCGACGACCAGCUGGACCUCAUGUUCCGCCUUGUCCACCUGAUGGACUUCAACAUUGCCACCCAGACCCUCAUGCUCCUCUUCCAGGUGAUGGAUGCAAAGAGCUCGUUGUCGGACCGCUUCUACGGAGCACUCUACCGCAAGUCUCUUGACCCCGCACUGGAACAUUCGACUCAGCAGACGCUGUUCCUCAACCUCCUCUACCGAGCGCUGAAGAGGGACGAAGAAGAUCGGCGGGUGAAGGCGUUCCUGAAACGUGUGCUUCAGGCCUGUCUCUACCAGACACCGCAUCUCGCCUGCGGUAUGUUGGUCUUGGUGUCGGAAGUGCUCAAGAUUAGGCCCAAGCUACUGGAGACUCGGUCGUUCGACGCCACUGCCCAGGACGCUCCAUCGACCAAUGGCAUUGCGGGCGACGCCGACGACGACAGCGAGGACGAACACUACGAGGACGCUCCAGAUGACAGCGACGACGACAAUUCUUUGGCUCUGAAGCCAGCAAGCAAAGAGGCUCCUGCCACCACCGCGCCCAAGAGCUCCUGGGUUCACACGGUGUCGGCCUCGACGUCUCGCAGCCCCGAGGGAAAGCCCAGGGCCCCGAGAGGCUACGAGCCCCUGGCACGAAACCCGCUCUACUGCGGGGCGGAGCACAGCGCCGCCUGGGAGCUGCGCCACCUCAGCCAGCACCACCACCCGACCGUGGCGCUGUUCGCCAGUCGAGUGCUCUCGGGAAGGCCGGUGGCUUAUCCUGGGGACCCCUUGCAGGAUUUCACGCUCUCCCGCUUUCUCGACAGGUUUGUGUACCGCAACCCCAAGAAGGUGGCGCCGCCCGACGAGUACAAGGAGAAGGACCUGGCCGGCAACGUCUUUGGCAAGAGGCGGCAGUAUGUGCCGACGGGUGUCCACAAAAUGCACGUGCUCAGCCGCGAGUACAUGGGGCAGGACGUCAGCCGGAUCCCUCCUGAGGAGCAGUACCUCUACAGGUACUUCCAGCAGACUGGUGGCUUGAAAGAGAAGAAGAAGAAGAAGAAGGUGGAGGAGGAAGAUGAAUCCGAGGCGGAGAGUGUGGCCAGCGACGACGUCGAAGCGGUCCUUAACCUUUGCGAACCAGGAGUGGACGGAGAGCUCGAUUUUGCGGGCGACUUUGUCGCAACCAAGAGGAAGAAGAAACAUAUGAAGUCGGGCGAUGGUUCUGACGAAUCGGACGACGAUGGAGACCUGGACGAAGAUGAGGACGAAGACGUAGACCUGGCGGGUCUCGAGGAUGACGAGGAAUACAAACAGGCCCUGGAGGAACUCAACAUCGGGAAAGGGAAAACCAUCAGGGAGGAAGACAUUGAGUUCUCUGACGAGGACGAGUUUGGCGAUGCUGGUCCCUCUAAACGCAAGGGAAAGCCAGGGAGACCAAAGGACAAGUCGUUCAGCAUGUCCGGACUACUUGCCUCUGCCGAACAGUUUUCGCAUCUCCUGGACGAAAAUGCAGCAGCUGGCGUGGACACAACGUCAGCGCAAGCUCUGUCCAACAAGGACAAAGCGAGUGCCAAACAACUGAAAUGGGAGAUGAACCGAGACGCCUGGGUUCGCGGACACGACUGGCGAAGCCGCAAGAGGAAGUUCGGCGGCUCCGGGAAACGUGGCGGAAAGGCGUUUGGGAAGAAGAAAGCGCGUUCAUAAACUGCACAAGCGACCGCUGCUCAUGUGGUGCUCCCACCUUCACAGUUAUACUCUAUUGAUCAUCUUUUGGCUGUAUUCAUUACGAGCUGCUCAGGGCACAUGGGAUCCCAGGACAAUGAAACGAGCUGCAUUGUAUACAAAAUAGAUUCCUAAGAAAAAGGCUCGUCUAAAAGCA